UAUCUACGGUUACUAUUAUGCACAACUUAACAUGUUAGCAAACAAAAUGGCGACGUGUGGACAAAUUUUAUCGUCCGAAGAAGCUCAUGAUUACAAUUGUACGCCUUGUUCUCAACAGGAAAGGUUUGUGGAAGCCAAGAGAUUUUGUUUAGAAUGUGGCGAGUACUUUUGCUCAACAUGUCUGGCCCAUCAUGAGAAAUUUGGUUUAACUAAAGGACAUACAUUAGUAAAAUGUGAGGAAGUUUCAAAAGAGCACAUACCGAUAUGUUUAAGUAAAUGUGAACUUCACACCGACAAGGAGGAGGAUAUGGUAUGUGGUGAUCAUAAUGUCGUCUGCUGUCGUGUUUGCAUAGCAAAAGAUCACAAAUCAUGUCAAGAUAUCGGUUAUUUACCGGAUGUUGCAAGUACAUUUAAAGAGGAGGGAGGACUUGCAAUUUUAGAUGAAGAUUUAAAAAGUAAAAUAAAAACGUUAAAACUAUCGUAUGAAAAACAUGCUAUUCAUGGCGCCCAGCUCAGAAUGAGAAAGAAGACAAACAUAAGGCGACUAAAAGUGUUAAAAGAAUCAAUAACUGAAUUGAUCGAAACUGCUGUGACUGAAGCUGAGGAGGAUAUAGAAAAUUCACUCGAACCACAUAUUUGCAGUACACAAAAACUUAUGGAUGCAGCAAAAGAAGAACUGUUAAAAUUCAGUAUGCUCUCAGAAGACUUGAUGAAUGAAAACAAUGCAAUGCUGGAGUAUAAGAAGGCCUUACAUUGCAAGCGUGCUUUAAGAGAAAUUCAAAUCAACAAUGAUGAUUGCAAAAUGACACAUGAUAACAAAUACGUUGACAAAGUUGUGAAAACUCUUUCUUCCUUUCUGACAGAUCAGUGUAGUUUCGAUGCUAUAAAUGUCUUUGGUGGCACUGACACCAAAUUUGAUAUCCCAAAUAUGUGUGUAUUAGAAGGUGGUAAAGUUUGUAUAGCAGAUUUUCAUGGACGAAAAAUCAAAUUAUUAGAUAGUGACUUAACUGAGAAUAUGACCUAUGACACACGGUGUUUUAUUUGGGGGGUUUGUGCAAUUCAAAAACAUACGAUAGCAUUUACUAUGCCUUCUUUAAUGACAAUUGAACUUGUAGGCUUUAAUAAAGACCCUGUUUCUAAAGGUAGUUUCAAUGCUAAAUUUCAUUGUCGUGGAAUUGCCUUUUUUGAGCAAAAAAUAUAUACGGCUGGUGGUGGAUUUGACGGAGAAGAACAAGGACAAGUAAAUAUAUUUAACAUAAAGGGCAUUCAUCUUCGCAAGUUUCAGGAUGAUUUAGAUGGCAACCAUUUUUUUGCCCCGAGAAGCUUGUUAGUUGAGGCUAAUGCCAUUUAUGUCACAGAUUGUAAAGACGGUGGUGCUGUUUGUCUCGAUUUUGAAGGAAGGUGGAAGUGGAAAUGUCUCAUCUCAAAACUUACUUUUCCUUGGGGAAUUUGUUUUACGACGAAUGGAAAUCUUCUAAUUUCUGGACGCGAUUCUAACAACAUUGUGGUAGUAAGUAAGGAUGGAAAAUACAUUGGUGACCUUUUAAACAAAAAUGACGCCAUUGCAGCACCGAAAGCUAUUUGCAUUGACAAACAGAACAGUCGCCUUCUAGUCGCAGAAUCAACAAUGCGUCAUUUGAAGAUAUUUUACUUUGAUGAUGGCGAAAUAUGUAACUUUAAUAUAUAAGAAAUGAGACUACAGCUAUUUCUUCAAUGGAUUCCAAAAAAGCCUAUUUGAUUAAUGAUGAUUUCUAAUUACGUAUGUAAUAUGGCUAUAGACAAAUAUAUGCGAACAUAUGUUAUUUUACACUGAAUAGUACAAAAAUAUUCAUGCAAAGAAGUUUCUCUUUUGUAUUAUAUAUAUUUCAAAGAACAUGCAUAUUUUACUUCCCGACUGACAUUUUAUAUCUUAAUGAUAUAAAUGAACAAUUAUUAAUUAUUUGAUUCAGCAUUAUUGUAUUUCUUGAAAAAGAGAGUCACGAUGGCCCUAGAUCACUUACCUCAUACCUACUGCUAAACAAGUCUAUUUCUAUAAUGCACGGCUGAAGUGAAUGAUUAAGUUGAAGUCACGGGGCUAAAUUCAAGGUCAUAUCAAGUAUCAUUUCGUGUAGAAAAUGCUAUUCAUGAUGAAAAGUUGAGGGCAAUGCAUAACAAGGUCAACAAUACUCUGUUAUAUUUUAUCAAGAUUGAAGAAGGUAUUUUACUUUGUAAAAAACAUACCUGGUGCCGAAAAUGAAAGAAAAAGAUAUAAAAAUACAAAAAGAGUUUAGCGUCAAAUUAACCACAAAGCUUUAUAAGAUUUUAAUACAAUAGGCGAGAAAUUGACUUCUUGGACGGGACAUUUUUACUCUAAUGUGGAAUUUUGAUCAAGGGUUCAACUGAAGACCACUUUAUUAUGCUACGUCUGUUAUAUUAAGGUGCAUAAAUUCUUCUUAGAAGAGUUUUCAAAUAGCCAAGAAGUAAUGUUAAUUACAUUGAAAUUUAAGGCCGUGGGUUCAAACCGAAGAAGGGUCAACAUUUUUCUUUUAACAUUAUUUGUUUAUUAUCUCUCAUAUCCUUUUUGGGAAGAAAAUAAUGUUUAAUUUUAAUUAUUCAAUUAAUAUAGGUAUUUAUUGCUUAAAUAAUGAUAAAUCUAAUAAUAAAUGUGGUACCUGAUAUUUUCAAAGUACAAUAAAAUCAAAAUA